AUGGGGAUCUUAGAAAUAUUGAAGUACUACCUAUACUUUCUUGUGGUUUUCUUUGCAGUUGUGGGGUCAUAUUAGGAAGUCAUGGCAAAGAGUUCCCAUAUAAAUACUGCAAUAAGACAUUACUUCGGCUUGACUUUCUUUGUUGAAUAUACAGUUGCAGACCCAAAUAAUUUAAACUCAUUUGAGGAUGAAGUCGCUAUAUGUGAUUAUUAAGUAGUGACGCCUAAGAUAUUCUUUUAGGAAUACGUUUCUAAGUACAGACCAUGUCUCUUCAAGAACUAUGGUAGGCAGUGGCCAGCUUAUGAGAAAUGGACAAAUGAAAGCUACCUUAAGGAGAUGGCAGGGGAGGAGAUCAUCUAUGCAGAGCAGUAGAAGGAUAAUAGAUUCGCUUACUUCACUGAGGGUGCUAAAAGAGCAUAUCUGACUUAUGGAGAAUUCCUUGACAAGUUCAAAGAACCAAACAGAAAAUUCCACUACUAUUACUCUUUUGAAGAUCCUCCAGGCCCUCUCAAGAAUGACAUAGUCAACCCACCUAUCAUGGACUCAAUAUUCAAGUAUACACAGGUCACAUUCUGGCAAGGAUAUGGGACACUUACCAAGCCACAUACUGAUGCCAUGGAAAACAUGAUGUGUGUAUUCGAGGGAUACAAAAACUUCUCCAUAGUGGCACCUCAUGAGAGAAAAUACGUCUAUGCAGGUUAUGAAGGGGUACCAGAUAAUUAUUCACCUGUGGAGUUCGUCAACCCUGACUAUGAUAAAUGGCCAGACUUCAAAAAAGCUCAUUUAAGAACUGUACACAUUGCCCCAGGUGAUUGUUUAUAUCUCCCAGCAUACUAUUGGCAUUAAGUAGGCAGCUCUCCAGGAGUUUCAAUAGGAGUUGCUACCUGGUAUAAAACUCAUCACUAAGCAGCUGAUUUCAUGUAGUUUGCUAUGCAAAAGCAUAUCGUUUGA